CCUCAAUUGAUUAUAUCAGAGUCUAUUGCUAAUCCAACACUUAAAAUAUAGAGUAUUCAAUUUGACAUUCGCAGCGCUCUCAUAUGAAUUUUUUCAUUGUUUUAACCAACUCGUACAUUAUUAAAAAUGCAUUAGUUUUGAAAGCCUUGACUGAGUUUUGACUAUGAAGUAUGCAAUAAAUGAAUCCGAAUCAUGCAGUCACUUAGUAGUUUUGGAUAUCAUCGCUUUAGUAAAAAUUAAAUGUUUCAGAUUGGAUUGAGCAAUCUAAAAAUUUGAUAUGACUAUUAAUUCUGAAGAAUUCGAUAAUCCUUUUGAAGUCAACUCUUAAAUUUUGAUAAACAAUUAAGAUAUUAUUUAGUUGUACACAUGAAAAUUCUUAAUGUUACUUUAGAUUUAACUAUUUAAUAAUAUACUUCUUUUUCAAAAAAAGGC